AUGAAACGGCUUCUACCAUUGUGUUGCCUGUUGUGGGCACCAGCCACAUUGGCAUUGAAAUCCUCAAAACAACCCCCUGUCACAAUCCCUCCAAGCAUCCCCGAAACGACAAUACAAGUUUCCAAAUCGCGAUUUGAGCGUUACAUCGAUAAAGUGUUUGCCAGUGCAGACUCGAACAAAGACGGCAAGAUCAAUUUUACGGAAGUGUACGAGCUGGUAUUGAAAAUUUAUGUCCAGUUGAACCGACAAGCGCCGGUUCCACCACCAUCUCGAGAAACAGUGAUGAAGGUCUAUCAAAAGUCCGACGAAAACAAAGAUGAAUAUUUGACGAGGGAGGAGUUUGAAGUCGUGGUGAAGGAAGUCAGCGAGAGAGCAUUUGUCAGAGUGGCAAUAAUGAAGCUGAUGAAAGUAGUGGGGGCUCCUCUCCUGGCGGAGUAUUUGAUUCGGACGCUUGCUGAGAAGGAAUGGCCUUCAGAAUUAGUUACCACUCUUGUUCCUGCGCAAUAUCAAGAAAAAGUAUGGCCCAUCAUUUCGUCAAGAUCGUUUUGGAGGUCAGUCCUCAUCAUACUAGGAGUAGCGUUCUUAGGACAUUUCGUCCUGGGCAUUGUCGACAUGACAAUUUCGAUGGUAGCAGGGGACGAAAAGAGAGAUACUGUGGUGUACUAA